AUGGAGUGGUUCAAUGACACUGUGGUGAGAGAAUUCAUCUUCCUGGGCUUCUCCUCUCUGGCCGGGCUGCAGCAGCUGCUUUUUGUCAUCUUCCUGCUCAUCUACCUGUUCACUCUGGGCACCAAUGCCAUCAUCAUCGCCACUAUUGUGCUGGACAGAGCCCUGCACACCCCCAUGUACUUCUUCCUGUCUGUCCUCUCCUGCUCUGAGACUUGCUACACAUUUGUGAUUGUGCCCAAGAUGCUGGUUGACUUAUUGACCGAGAAGAAGACCAUCUCCUUCUUGGGCUGUGCCAUCCAGAUGUUCACCUUCCUCUUUCUCGGCUGCUCUCACUCCUUCCUGCUGGCAGCCAUGGGUUAUGAUCGCUACGUGGCCAUCUGCAACCCCCUGCGCUACACGGCGCUCAUGGGACGUGGGGUAUGUGCGGCAUUAGUGGCUGCUGCCUGUGCCUGUGGCUUCAUGGUGGCACAGAUCAUCACAUCCUUGGUGUUUGACCUGCCUUUCCACUCCUCCAACCAGCUCCAUCACUUCUUCUGUGACAUCUCCCCUGUCCUGAAACUGGCUACUCAGCAGUCUUACUUUAGUCAGAUUAUCAUCUUCAUGCUCUGUGCCUUGGUUCUGGUUAUCCCCCUGUUGUUAAUCUUGGUGUCCUAUAUUCACAUCAUCUCGGCCAUUCUCCAAUUUCCUUCCACACUGGGAAGAUACAAAGCCUUCUCCACCUGUGCUUCGCAUCUUAUUGUUGUCAUUGUCCACUAUGGCUGUGCCUCUUUCAUCUACUUAAGGCCCAAAUCCAAUUACUCCUCAAGCCAGGAUGUUCUGCUAUCAGUAUCCUACACUAUCCUAACUCCACUGUUCAACCCAAUGAUUUACAGCUUAAGAAAUAUGGAGUUCAAAUCAGCUCUCUGUAGAAUUGUGGAAAAAACAAUUCCCCUGCCACAUUAA